GCAGAGCAGUGCAGUUUUGCGCAGAGCGACGGCGACUGGCGAAUUAAACGGACGGAACGGAGUAUCUUGCUCCCCAGUUCUCAGCCCAGCAGUUCCAGGCAGCCAAAAGACACCCGGAAUCGAAUUCAGAACCGGAGUCCAAAUCCAGAGCACUAGCACAAUCAACUACUCGAUCGUUUCAAUAGUUUCGUGAGAGAUCCCCGAGAUGACCUCGCGAAUGUUCAAGUUCGGCGUGACCGCCGCCAGCGCCUGCGUGGGUUCCGUGCUGGCCUCCUACUCCCUGGACCGCUGGAACUCCCCCCAUGUGGUUAAUAAUGCUCAGACCCUACCGCCCAAGAGGAAGCGCACGCUGCCCCCGCGAGCGGAUCAAAUCAAGUCCCUGAUGAGCGGCGAGGAGUUCGAUGUGCUGAUCAUCGGCGGAGGAGCCACUGGGGCCGGUUGUGCCCUCGAUUCGGUUACGAGAGGACUGAAGACCGCUCUGGUGGAGCUGGAUGACUUUGCCAGUGGCACCUCUUCCCGUUCCACUAAGCUCAUCCACGGCGGAGUGCGAUAUCUGCAGAAGGCCAUCCUGGGCCUAGACCUUGAGCAGUACCGCAUGGUUAAGGAGGCGCUGCAGGAGCGCGCCACCAUGCUCGAAUCGGCGCCCCACUUGACCCACCCUCUGCCCAUCAUGCUGCCAGUUUACACGUGGUGGCAGGUGCCCUACUACUGGGUGGGCAUCAAGGCCUACGAUCUGGUGGCCGGCGAUCGCAAUGUGAAGAGCUCGUACUACCUGUCGAAAAAAGACGCCCUUGAGUUGUUCCCCAUGCUCAAGAAGGACAAGUUGUGUGGCGCCAUUGUCUACUACGAUGGCCAGCAGGAUGACGCCAGGAUGUGUCUGGCGGUGGCGCUGACGGCCGCCCGCCACGGAGCCACGGUGUGCAACCACGUGGAGGUGAAGGAGCUGCUCAAGAAGGACGACGGCACCGGAAAACAGGUGCUGUGCGGAGCCAAGGUCAAGGACCAUAUCUCCGGCAAGGAGUUCACCGUGAAGGCUAAGUGCAUCGUUAACGCCGCCGGACCCUUCACGGACUCCAUCCGCAAGAUGGACAAUCCUACGGUGAAGAGCAUCUGCUGCCCCAGCUCCGGCGUGCACAUCGUGCUGCCCGGCUACUACAGUCCCGACCAGAUGGGCCUGCUGGAUCCCUCGACCUCCGACGGCCGCGUCAUCUUCUUCCUGCCCUGGCAGCGCCAGACGAUCGCCGGCACCACCGACCUGCCCUGCGAGAUCACCCACAACCCCACGCCCACCGAGGACGAGAUCCAGUUCAUCCUCAGCGAGAUCAAGAACUAUCUGAACGCGGACGUGGAGGUGCGCCGCGGCGACGUGCUCUCCGCCUGGAGCGGCAUCCGCCCGCUGGUCUCCGAUCCCAACAAGGACGACACCCAGUCGCUGGCCCGCAACCACAUCGUCCACGUCAGCCCCUCCAAUCUCAUCACCAUCGCCGGCGGCAAGUGGACCACCUACCGGGCCAUGGCCGAGCACACCAUCGAUGCGGCAAUCAAGGCCUGCAACUUAAAGCCUGAACGCGCCGAGGCGGUGACCUCUUACCUGAAGAUCGAGGGCGGCCAGGGCUGGACCCCGACCAUGUACAUCCGUCUGGUGCAGGACUUCGGGCUGGAGUGCGAGGUGGCCCAGCACCUGGCCAAGUCGUACGGCGACCGCGCCUUCGCCGUGUCCAAGAUGGCCUCGCUGACCGGCAAGCGUUGGCCCAUCAUCGGCAACCGCAUCCACCCGGAGUUCCCGUACAUCGACGCCGAGAUCCGGUACGGAGUGCGCGAGUACGCCUGCACCGCCGUGGACAUGAUUGCCCGUCGCCUCCGGCUGGCCUUCCUCAAUGUCCAGGCUGCUCAGGAGGCACUGCCCGUGAUCGUGGACAUCAUGGGCGAGGAGCUGCAGUGGUCGAAGGACGAGAAGGAGCGCCAGAUCAAGAAGGCCACCGAGUUCCUGGCCAACGAGAUGGGCCACACGGUCAACCGCACCUCCAAGGAGCGCAUCCCCAUCAAGCUGUCCAAGGAGGAGAUCCAGACGUACAUCAAGCGCUUCCAGCUCAUCGACAAGGACAAGAAGGGCUACGUCUCCAUCAACGACAUCCGCCGUGCCCUCAAGAGCUUCGGCGAUGCCGACGUCUCCGGCGAGCAGCUUCACGAAAUCCUGCGCGAAAUCGAUACCAACAUGAACGGCCAGGUGGAGCUGGACGAGUACCUCCAGAUGAUGUCGGCCAUCAAGACGGGCGACGUGGCCUACUCGCGGUUUGCGCGCAUGGCGGAGCUGGAGGAGCAGAAGCAAGAGGCGGCCAAUCUGAAGCAGAAGAUCAGCGUGGACCGAUCCGGAGGCGGACUGUAAGAGCUGCAGGAGCACAAGCGACUUAACAACGACGACCACACAUCACCCGGCCAGCGGAGGCAAGGAUUAGGCUUAAGAUCGAUCGGUUAAGAUCAAACUUACUUUCAUUUUGCUGUUAAUAAAACUCUUUCACUCACA